AACUGUAAUUUGGAUGCUGGUUGCCUAUCCUUUUGGAAAUUCCCUCCACAGAGCUUAGAAGGUCACAUUUCUUUUUUGCCUCCUCUAUCAACUUGGUUCGGUUUCUCAGUUGCACUUCAACUGUAAGGACGGCUAUCUCUGAUUGAUCAUGAUGGGUUUCCUUUGGUAGCUACGCUUCUUAUUCCUGUUAUCAAAGGGGCUUUGAUGGGUACUGUUGUUGAAGACGACGAGUCAUAUACUAAGCCCCUAGGAAGAUGGCCAGUUUUCUAUUAUGGCACGGGACACAUGCUUAAUGACAUAACUGCUGCUUGUUGGUUUACCUACCUAUUAUUGUUCUUGACGGAUAUUGGAUUUUCACCUAGGAAUGCAGCUAUUGUGAUGCUUUCUGGUCAGGUGGCUGAUGGAUUUUCUACCAUCUUUGCUGGUGAACUGAUGGACAGAUUUGGACAUUUCAAGAUAUGGCAUGGUGCAGGAUCUUUGUUGGUGGCUGUUUCAUUUUCUUCUGUUUUUGGGAACUGUCUACCAUGCAAACUCCUUGGCUCCAGUUCAUCAAUAUUUCAAACUGUGAAUUACAGUGUGUUUGCUGCAAUCUUCAAUGUGGGCUGGGCUGCUACUCAGGUGUCCCACAUGUCCAUGAUUAGUUGCAUCACUCUAAACUCUUCAAGCAGGGUGGCAUUGGCUAGCUGUCGCAAUGCAUUUACCAUGGUUGCCAAUCUCAGCCUGUAUGUAAUUGCAUUCGUGGUAUUCAAUGUCAAUACUGUAAGAACAUAUGUUGAUGUUGAGAAUGAGUACCGCUGGAUUGCAUAUUUGUCAAUUUUUAUUGGAUGCUGCUUUGUGGGCAUAUUUCUUAUUGCAACCAAAGAGCCCAGGUUGAAAGUUGGGGUACAAGGAAAGGUUCACGCAAGGAUUUCAUGGGUUUACUGGUUUAAGAGAGUUUUAUAUUAUCAAGUUGCUCUUGUUUAUGUCCUCACAAGAUUAAUUGUCAACGUGUCGCAGGCAUACCUUGCAUUCUUUGUCAUCAAUGAUCUACAAAUGGGCCAAUCAGCCAAAGCUGUGGUUCCUGCUAUCAUCUACAUCUGCAGCUUCAUCGUAUCUAUUCUUUUACAGGAGAUUGCAUGGACUGGCCCACGUCUUAAGGCCUAUUACUCUGCUGGAGGCAUUCUUUGGAUGCUUUGUGGCCUAGUGGUUCUUCUUUUACCCAGACAUAUGAGUUAUGCCAUGUACAUAGCAUCAGUAUUUAUGGGCAUAGCAAAUGCACUGAUCAUGGUGACUGGAGUAAGCAUGCAAAAUUUUCUCAUUGGAGAGGAUCUUAAUGGCUGUGCAUUUGUUUGUGGAUCACUGAGCUUCUUGGACAAAAUGUCAUGUGGGAUUGCUUUAUAUAUUCUUCAGUCUUAUCAAAAUUCCUCCCCUCAACUUCAAGGAAUGCAAUUCCCCGUGUCAAUCACAAGAUUUGGUUUGGGACUCGUUCCAGCAAUUUGUUCACUGGUUGGACUUAUAGUCACUUUCACUAUGGAUCUUCACCCUCGUCCCAGGCCUUUGUUGGAGCCCUUGUUAGUAUAGUCCUCCAAUGUCCAUGAAGAUUUUAGCAUCAUUCUGCUUCACUUGACUGAUAUAUCAGGUGGCGCAAAGGCACUAUACAUUGAAGCCAUCGAGAAAUUAUUCAUUUUUUUUAGCAAGAUAUUUAUAUCUAUUGAAUCUCCGCUAAUUUGUCUGAAAAAUAUGAAUGUAUAUAUGUAAGCUCUCCAAAUGUUAUUCAAAGAAAAGUGCUCUCACUGUUUCAUAUAGAUAGUUUGUACCUGAAGGUCUCAAAUUGAAAAAAUAGUCACAGGAAGUUUGUAAUAUUUUGACAUUCAACACCACGUUGAAGUCUUAAGGAAGGGAGAAAGAUGAUUGCUCUGCAUUUUCUGGGUUAUUUCUCAAGAUCCUUAGCAGAAAGUUAUAGUUCUAAUAGACAAUCUUGCUGAUUAAGUUAUAUGAUGUAGGAUCUUUGGUUUGUGCUGUGCGUGUGUAAAGUGAUGAACAAGGUAAAUGAAUGGGUAAUGAUGAUUCUUCAUGAGAGUUACUUGUCA